CCUCCCUCUCGGACCAGCGCAAGCGCGUAUAUAUAUAUAUACGUGUGGAUCUCUUCCGGUAUAGUUUUUCGAGAUCGAGUCGGGGUGACCCACAGUGCGCGAACUAGUACGUAUUUGGUACGCCGGGAUCGAUCGUCGAGGAGGUGAUGGUACAAGGUGAGGACGUUACCUUUUGCUUGUUCUCGGAGUGAUGGGGGUGUCGAUCGGGAUACCAGGAACAUCGAGGUGAUUGCAAAAUGAGGCUGUCGAGAACAAGCGGAGCGGGGGAAUAAAAUGACCAUGGACGUGAGCAAGUCGGAGUCUAGCCGAAACGGAACUGGGCAGCAGGAGUGCGCCGGGUGCCGGAAGCCGAUCACGGAGAGGUAUUUGCUCAGGGCGUUGGACAUGUACUGGCACGAGGACUGUCUGAAGUGCAGCUGCUGCGACUGCCGGCUCGGCGAGGUGGGCUCGACCUGCUAUACCAAGGCCAAUCUCGUGCUCUGCAAGCGUGACUACCUACGAUUAUUCGGUAACACAGGCCACUGCGCCGCUUGCAGCAAGGUCAUACCAGCCUUCGAGAUGGUGAUGCGCGCAAGGGCGAACGUCUAUCACCUGGAAUGCUUCGCCUGCCAGCAGUGCAAUCACAGUCGGUGCCAGGGGGUGGACCACAGCGGCAGACCAACGGGUUGCAGCCAGCGGACGGCGUGGCGGGCACCCACAACGGCUACCCAGCGCCCACGACCUCGAGCGGCACUCUCGGCUCGCUUGCAGGCCUCAACGGCAUGGCUGGGCCUCAGAGCACCGGCUACGACACCAAAUGACAGACCAAAUAAGCGAAGAAGAAACGCGAGAUGGACGCUUUUCGGGAUUUUUUUUUUUUUUUCCCACCAGCCGAAUGAUCGUUCGACAAUCCUCCGGCGGGACAAAUAUAAGCCAGUCGAAGGAAAAGAUCUCGAGAAGCAAGGGUUCGGCGAAAACGACCGGGGCGACGGGUCGUAAAGGAGUCCAUAUACACGUGAACCCUUUCCCUCGCCCCAGCUAGAAUGUAGUCCGAUCAAACUUUUGUGCGGCGCGUAAAUCUCACUGUAGAUAUACAUAUAGGUACCCACCCCUGGUAGAACUUUAGCCGUCGAUCUUGGGAGGAAGGAAAAAAAAAAAAAGAAAAAAAAAAAAAACAUUAAAUAAAUGAAAAACUCUGGUGCUUUUUAGAUUAUUCUCGAACUAAUGUUUCGUCGCGGCGCAUGUUUGUACUUAUUUGUGCUCUGUAAUUUGUGUUUUAUCGAAAAAGAAAACUCGAGCGAUACUUGUGAUUGAAAAAAAAAAAAAAA